CAGUGACAUUUUCAUACAUUUACAAUCAAUCUCUAGCUUCUGGGUGGGUUUUGUGACUUUUGUCAUUAGAGAGUGAAACAGAUCAAACCAAAGAUGGGGAAGAACACAACCUUGAUGCUGCUGCUGGUGUUCUGGCUCGCUACGACGUCGGUUUGGGCGGAGCAGCAGGCUGCUCAGGAUGCCGACCCAAACAGCGAAUCAUGGACCGAGUGGGUCACUAACAAGCUAUCACAGGGGCUCGGUCUCAAGCAGGAGAAUGCAGAGAAUGUGGUGGACCAAGCUGGGGAUGCAGCCUCUAUGGCUAGGGAAAGAGUGGAAAAUUUUGGAUCAAAAUCGAAGUCCGAGGCGCAUGAUGCAGCCAACUAUGCCCGUGACAAUUGGGAUCAGUCAAUAAGAAUGCCUACUGAGAGAGCUGGCAAUGCUGCCCAAGAGACGAUGGCACAAGGAGUUGAAGUCGGAAAACAUAAAGUAGCCAAUGCCUAUGAUGAUGCUAAAGAGAAACUUAAUAGAGGGAAAGACUUUGCAUCUGAUAAAGCUUAUGAUUCCAAGGAGGCAACGGCAAACAUGUAUGGGGAGGCUAAGCAGAAAAUGAAUUCAGCUUCGCAUGUUGCAUCAAAUAAAGCUUCUGAUGCACAAGAAGCAGCGUCGAAUAUGUAUGGGGAAGUAAAGCAGAAAGCGAACUCAGCUUCAAACAUGGCUUCAGAUAAAGCUUCUGGUGCCAAAGAGACGGCAGAAAGUAUGUAUGGGGAAGCUAAGGAGAGAAUGAAUUGGGCUACAGAUAUGGCUUCAGAUAUAGCUUAUGAUGCAAAGGAGGGAGCAGCCAAUAUGUAUGGGGCAGCCAAGCAAAAAAUGGGUUCAGCUUCAAAUUUGGCUUCAGAUAAAGCUUAUGAUGCCAAAGAGACGACUGCUAAUAUGUAUGGGGAAGCCAAGGACAGAAUGAAUCAUGCUUCAAAUGUUGCUUCAGAUAGGGUCAAUGAUGCCAAAGAGUCGGUGAAGGGGGCCAUUGGUUGUGGUACGGACAAAGCAGCAGGUGCAUAUGGUCAUGCAAAGAAUACAAUGCAAACGGCUACGAGUACUGCGGCUGACAAAGCCAAUGAUGCAAUGGAAUAUGGAAGAGAUAGAGCUGCAGAUGCGUAUGAUGGAGCAAAAGAGAAAAUGAACUUGGGCUCUGAUAAGGCCAAUGAUGCCAAAGACAGGGUAGCAGGAGGAGUCGAGUAUGGAAGAGAAAAGGUUGCCAAUUCCUAUGAUGAGGCAAAACAAAGGGUGGGGGAGGCGUACAGAGAAGCGAAGGAUACUGUAUCCGAGCAUACCAGGCAUAACUAUGAGGCUGCUAAGGAGAAGGCGUCUCAGGCAACAGGUGAUCUUGGGGCUAAGAUGAGGAAUUGAUGCUGAUCCAGCCAGAGCUAGCUCUAGCUAUAAGGUAUCUAAUUACCUCUAGAUGUGAUCACUUGAUCAUGUGUUUUUUUCUUUCCUCGUUUCUUGAAAGUUUCAUGUUGUCGUGUUUUUGAAUUUCUGUUUGUAGCAUUUCCCUCUGAAGUUGGAACGUAUUAGAACAUUAGUAUCCACAAUUUUGAAUAUAUUGUCUCUUAAGGUUAUCGAGCCGCAAGAGCAUCAAUAUACAUAUAUGCAAAUAUAUAUAGAUUUUCUUC